AUGGCGACUAGCAUGGCACAGGUGCAAUGGCAGUCAACAGAAAGGGAAUUUGGGCACCAAGAUGAACCAUCAGAUGCUGGCCACUUUGGAGACAACGUGGACAACACAGAGGAGACCUGGCAGGAAGCAGCGGCUGAAGAAGAGGAGCAGUUUGGGUGUAUAUUAUCUAAAGAAAAGUGGUCAGACUUGGGCACCGGCGAUGAGGUGAAGGAAGACAACUUUUGGGAUGACAUUGUCCAAGGAGUUGAGGAGGGGGGUAUGGCCCGACCCCAAGCAGUGGCUGAAGAAGAGGACCAGUUUGGGUAUAUAUUACCUGAAGAAAAGUGGUCAGACUUGGACAGUGACGAUGAGGCAGAUGAAGAUGAUUGGGACGACGAUGCCCAAUUGUGA